AUGACAUAUGCUAUCUCACUAAAGCGUCAAUAUGAACAAGAAACAUCAGAACAAGAAUAUGAAUUUUUAAAACAACAAAUUGCAUAUUACAAUUUACCAAGUCAAUCAUUUGAAUCCUCAACAAUAUCUCAUCAUCCGAUCAUUGAUUCUAUCCAAAAUUUAUCCGCUCAAGAAGCAUUAAUGAAACAAUUUAAAGAAGUUGCUAUACAAUCGAGAAUUACUUUAUUUAACAUAUAUCUGAAGUCAGCUGAAGAUCAACGAGAAGAAUAUAAAAAGAAACAUGAAGCUAACAUAAAGAAAAUGGAUGCAUCUCAACAUGCAUUGAAUCAAAAUGAAAAAUUGUCUUCAACAUUCGUAGAACUUAUUAAUGAACGUUGCAAUAAAAUUAGUGAUCGUAUUCAAUGCAUUUAUAAACAUAAACGCGAAACUUUCCAAUCGAAAUCAAAUUAA